AUGCCCAAGUUCGCUGCUGCCGAGCGUUUCCUCGCUGAUCGUGAUGCACCGUGCUGUAGCCUCAACGUCGCCAAGUCGUUUGGACAGCUAAGUUCGAAGGAGAAGAAGUAUGCGCACUUCGUCGGCCAAGCUUCCUGGGCCGGCGCGCGGGUCAUCCAGGGCCAGUGGACGCCCUACGCGCAAAAGCUCUAUGACCUCCUCAUUCUGACGUUCAGCGAGAACGGCAAGCUGGCGGACAUGACCGCGUUGCAGAAGAAGAGCGGUCUCUCGGCGGAGGAAUGGCAGGACACGAUCCAGUACACGGCCCAGGUCCUCGGCAACCUUGUCAACUACAAGUCCUUCGGCUUCACCAAAAUCAUCCCGCGCGUCUCUCAAGAGAAGUUCGGCGCCGUCGUGGAGGCCUCCACUAACGCUGCCAACGUGGUGCCCCUGUGGACCGAACUCAAGACACAUAUCUACGCUCUCGAUCCCGAGCCAGAGUGCUCGAUCGGCAAGCGCUCCCUUGGACACGUCUCCAACUACUACCUUGGAGAGCCCAUCACGGACGAGGAGGUUGCGGCUAUCCAGGAGGCUGCAGAAAAGCUGAGCAUUGAUGUCCUCAACACUCGUGUCCAGAAGAACAGCCCGGACUCGUUCGUUCUUCUCGUCGCGUCCGCGGAGCGUAAAUCCUCUGUUCAGCACGAGAUCAAGAUCCUUGACAGGCACGCAAAGCUGUCUGUCGAGUACGGCGACUUUUCUGACGCGAUGCAAAAGGCCGCGGCGGCUCUCACCGAGGCCAAGAAGUACGCGGCGAACGAGCACCAAACCGCGAUGCUUGACGCGUACAUCGAAUCGUUCAAGACCGGCUCCAUGGAGGCUCACAAGAAGGGCUCGGAACACUGGGUGCGGGACAUUGGACCCAUUGUGGAGAGCUACAUCGGCUUCAUCGAGACCUACGUUGAUCCCUACGGUGGUCGUGCCGAGUGGGAAGGUUUCACUGCUAUCGUCGACAAGGCUCUCAGCGCCAAGUACGAGAAGAUGGUCAACGACGCGCCCGAGCACUUGAAGACCCUGCCCUGGGGCACGGACUUCGAGGUCGACGUGUUCCGCAAGCCUGACUUCACCGCGCUCGAGAUCCUCACCUUUGCUACUGGAGGCAUCCCCGCCGGCAUCAACAUCCCGAACUACUACGAGAUCCGCGAGUCGAUCGGGUUCAAGAACGUCUCGCUCGCCAACAUCCUUGCCGCGAAGGCGCCGAACGAGGAGCUCACGUUCAUUCACCCCGACGACGCAGAUCUGUACAACGAGCUUGACUCGAAAUCGUUCGAGGUGCUCGUCGCGAACCACGAACUACUAGGCCAUGGAAGCGGGAAGCUAUUCACGGAGAACGCGGACGGAACGAAGAACUUUGAUCCCGAGAAGAUCAUCAACCCUCUGACUGGCAAGCCGAUCACUUCGUGGUACAAGCCCGGCCAGACCGCGGGAUCGGUGCUCGGCGAGGUCUCGUCAUCAAUGGAGGAGUGCCGCGCAGACUCUGUUGGUCUAUACCUCGUCAGCAACCUCGACAUUUUGAAACUCUUUGGCUACACAACCCAGAAGGAGAUCGAGGAUAUCCAGUACAUCUCCUACCUAUGGAUGGCUCGCGCUGGUAUCCGCGCUCUGGAGUUCUACGACCCUGUGAACAAGAAGCACGGUCAGGCGCACAUGCAGGGCCGCCUCGGCAUCUUCAACCACCUCAUCACCUCCGGCCUGGCCCGCCUCGAGGAGGUGCGCGGAGCAGACGGCUCGCCCGAGAACGCCUACGUCCGCGUCGACCGCGCCAAGGUGCUCGCCGAGGGCCGCGCCACGAUGGGCAAGCUGCUCGUGCAGCUGCAGGUGCGGAAGAGCACCGCGGACGGCGCGGGGGCGCGCGCGUUCUACGCGGAGCUCACCGCGCCGCUGCACGGCUGGGAGGGCGAGAUGCGGGACCUCGUGCUGCGCAAGAAGCUGCCGCGGAAGGUGUUCGUCCAGCCGAACACGUUCGUCGAGGGCGACGAGGUCGUGCUGCGCGAGUACCCGCUGACCGCGGUGGGCGCGAUCGAGAGUUUCAUCGAGCGCGCGCUCUGA